CACACUCACACACACAUUCACACACACACACUCACACACACAUUCACACACACACACUCACGCACGUGCGCACUGGGCCUGAACGCGGAACUGCACUCCGAGUCCCGGGGCUGGCGGUGGUGGUGGUGGAGGCGGCGCCGCCCAUCGAGUCGGCAGGGAGCCGGGCCCCGAGAGUCUCCUCCAGCGGGAGCCCAGCAGAGGGACUCGGACCCCGGAUCCCGAACCCCCCACAGGAGGCCAUGGCGAGCGCCGUGGUGCCCAGCGCGGGCCCCGGGAGGAGGGGGCAUGGGGGAGGAGAAAUCUCGCAAGACGCUCCUCUCGGGCAUGGGCAUGGGCAAGAAGGAGAAGAAGAAGCCGGUGCAGCGUCUGGAGAUCUCGGCUCCGUCUGACUUUGCUCACCGCGUCCACGUGGGAUUCAACUCCACCACGGGGGAGUUCACCGGCAUGCCAGAGCAGUGGGCACGCAUGCUGCAGACGGCCAACAUCAGCGAGUGGGAGCAGAAGGAGAACCCGCAGGCGGUGCUGGACGCCCUCACCUUCCUGCAGGGCGAGCGCGGGGCCCGCGGCUCUCACAAGUACAUGCGGCUCUCUGCAGGGGGCACGCCCAGCGGUAAAGGUGAAGCAACCCCAGAUCCCACACCCCAGGUGAAUAAUCAGGUCGAGUCUCUGGACUCUGACGAUGACUCUGCACCCCCACCCAUCGCCCCACGGCCGGAGUGUACCAAAUCGGUACGCACGGUCUCCGUAAUUGACCUCGUGACCCCGGAGAGCGGGGGGGUCAAAGGUCGCCCGCGAGUUCGCCAUGGCGACAGUGAGGUCAUCGCCAACCUGAGGAAGAUCGUGAGUGUGGGAGAUCCCAACAAGAAGUACGCUCGCUUUGAGAAGAUUGGACAGGGGGCCUCGGGCACAGUUUACACGGCGAUGGACACAACCACAGGUCACGAGGUGGCCAUCAAGCAGAUGAACCUGCAAGCUCAGCCCAAGAAGGAGCUGAUCGUGAACGAGAUCCUGGUGAUGCGGGAGAACCAGAACCAGAACAUCGUCAACUACCUGGACAGCUACCUGGUGGAGGAUGAGCUCUGGGUCGUCAUGGAGUACCUGGCGGGGGGCUCCCUCACCGACGUCGUCACGGAGACGCUGAUGGACGAGGGGCACAUCGCCGCCGUGUGCCGCGAGUGCCUGCAGGCGCUGGAGUUCCUCCACUCCCGGCAAGUGAUCCACCGUGACAUCAAGAGCGACAACGUCCUGCUGGGCAUGGACGGCUCCGUCAAGCUCACCGACUUCGGCUUCUGCGCCCAGAUCUCCCCGGAGCAGAGCAAACGCAGCACCAUGGUGGGCACCCCCUACUGGAUGGCGCCCGAGGUGGUGACGCGCAAGGCCUACGGCCCCAAGGUGGACAUCUGGAGCCUCGGCAUCAUGGCCAUCGAGAUGGUGGAGGGGGAGCCGCCAUACCUUAACGAGAACCCACUUAGGGCUCUCUACCUGAUCGCCACCAACGGGACACCCAAGCUGCAGACCCCCGAGAAGCUGUCCCCCACCUUCCAUGACUUCCUGGGUCGCUGCCUCGCCAUCGAGGCCGAGACGCGCGGCUCGGCGCACGAUCUCCUGCAGCAUCCAUUCCUGAAACUGGCCAAGCCGCUGUCCAGCCUCACUCCGCUCAUCGUGGCUGCCAAGGAGGCGAUCAAGAACGCACGCUAGAUUCAUGCACACACGCGCACGCACGCAUACACGCGCAUGCACGCGCAUAUACGCGCAUGCACGCACACAGAUACAUGCACACGCAUGCA